AGCAGUUUGCCAAGUUGCACUUUCUGUCAGUCCGGAGCUCCUGGAAGGAGAGAAACAUCUCACUGAGAGCGUGAGCGAGCGAGGGGGUCCAGUCAGGGUGUACGCAGCGUGUAGGGGGGUUAACCCUUUUUUGCUCCCAAGCGCUACACUCCACGAAAGCGGUGUCUUGGUGUCGCGAAGCUUCUCCGCUUCAGCCGGGAUGGAGAACGCACACACCAAAGAGCCACAGGAGGUUCUGGCCUACUUUGGCGUCACCGAGGACAAAGGCCUAACGCCCGAGCAGUUCAAGAAGAACCUGGACAAGUAUGGCUACAACGAGCUGCCAGCGGAGGAGGGGAAGAGUAUCUGGGAGUUGGUAGUGGAACAGUUUGAGGACCUCUUGGUCCGAAUCCUACUGCUGGCCGCCUGCAUCUCUUUUGUACUGGCUUGGUUCGAGGAAGGUGAGGAAACAGUCACAGCCUUCGUUGAGCCUUUUGUCAUCCUCCUCAUCCUCAUCGCCAAUGCCGUUGUUGGCGUGUGGCAGGAGCGUAACGCAGAGAGCGCAAUCGAGGCUCUGAAGGAAUAUGAGCCUGAGAUGGGUAAGGUUUACCGGGCGGACAGGAAGAGCGUGCAGAGAAUAAAGGCCAGGGAGAUUGUUCCUGGUGACGUGGUGGAGGUCUCCGUUGGUGACAAAGUACCCGCAGACAUCAGGAUCAUCUCCAUCAAAUCCACCACUCUGCGCGUCGAUCAGUCCAUUCUCACGGGUGAGUCAGUCAGUGUGAUCAAGCACACCGAUGCCGUCCCGGACCCACGAGCCGUCAACCAGGACAAAAAGAACAUGUUGUUCUCUGGCACCAACAUUGCUGCUGGAAAAGCCACCGGCAUCGCCGUGGCAACCGGCGUCUCCACCGAGAUCGGGAAGAUCCGCGACCAGAUGGCUGCCACCGAGCAGGAGAAGACCCCUCUGCAGCAGAAACUGGAUGAGUUUGGGGAGCAGCUCUCCAAGGUCAUCUCCCUCAUCUGUGUGGCGGUGUGGAUAAUCAACAUUGGACAUUUUAAUGACCCGGUUCAUGGUGGCUCAUGGUUCCGUGGCGCAAUCUACUAUUUCAAGAUUGCUGUGGCUUUAGCUGUGGCUGCCAUACCUGAAGGUCUGCCUGCCGUCAUCACCACCUGUCUGGCUUUGGGAACACGACGCAUGGCCAAGAAGAAUGCCAUCGUCAGAAGCCUGCCCUCUGUCGAGACCCUGGGGUGCACCUCAGUCAUUUGCUCUGACAAAACUGGUACCCUCACCACUAAUCAGAUGUGUGUGACUAAGAUGUUCAUUAUCGAUAAAGUGGACAAUGAGAAUGUCACUCUCGGUCAAUUUGACAUCUCUGGCUCAAAGUACACACCUGAGGGAGAAGUGACAAGGAGGGGCGUGAGCGUAAAAUGCGGCCAGUAUGAUGGACUGGUUGAGCUGGCCACCAUUUGCGCCCUUUGCAAUGACUCCUCGCUUGACUACAACGAGUCCAAGGGAAUCUACGAGAAAGUGGGCGAGGCCACUGAAACCGCUCUCAGCUGUUUGGUGGAGAAGAUGAACGUGUUCAACACUGAAGUGCGCAGCCUGUCCAGGGUGGAACGAGCCAAUGCUUGCUGCAGCGUGAUUAAGCAGUUGAUGAAGAAGGAGUUCACGCUGGAGUUUUCCAGAGACAGAAAGUCAAUGUCAGUCUACUGUUCUCCAGCAAAGUCUGGGAAAGGCCCAGUUGGAAACAAGAUGUUUGUCAAAGGUGCCCCUGAGGGUGUGAUUGAGCGUUGUUCAUACGUUCGCGUGGGUACCACUCGUCUUCCCUUGACUGGGCCGGUCAAAGAUCACAUCAUGGCAGUAAUCAAGGAGUGGGGCACAGGGCGAGACACCCUUCGCUGUCUGGCACUGGCCACCUGCGACUCUCCUCUAAGGAAGGAGGAGAUGAACCUGGAGGACUCAACCAGGUUUGCAGAGUAUGAGACUGACUUGACCUUUGUGGGCUGCGUUGGUAUGCUCGACCCUCCGCGUAAGGAGGUCAUGAGCUCCAUCGAGCUGUGCAGAGCCGCUGGCAUUCGUGUCAUUAUGAUCACCGGUGACAACAAAGGCACAGCGGUGGCCAUCUGUCGCCGCAUCGGCAUCUUCUCCGAGGACGAGGACGUCACCGGCAAGGCCUUCACCGGUCGUGAGUUCGAUGACCUGUCUUCUUAUGACCAGAAGAACGCAGUCCGUAAGGCUUGUUGCUUUGCCAGGGUGGAACCGUCCCACAAAUCGAAAAUUGUUGAGUUCCUCCAAGGCUUUGAUGAGAUCACUGCCAUGACCGGAGAUGGAGUGAAUGAUGCCCCCGCCUUGAAGAAGGCGGAGAUCGGCAUCGCCAUGGGCUCUGGCACUGCCGUUGCCAAGUCAGCCUCUGAGAUGGUCCUGGCUGAUGACAACUUUUCUUCCAUCGUAUCUGCUGUCGAGGAGGGCAGAGCGAUUUACAACAACAUGAAGCAGUUCAUCCGCUACCUCAUUUCUUCCAAUGUGGGUGAGGUUGUCUGUAUCUUUCUGACUGCGGCCUUGGGCCUGCCCGAGGCUCUGAUCCCAGUUCAGUUGCUCUGGGUCAACCUUGUGACCGACGGGCUUCCCGCCACUGCUCUGGGCUUCAACCCUCCGGACCUGGACAUCAUGGGCAAAGCUCCUCGAUCGCCCAAAGAGCCCCUGAUCUCCGGUUGGCUGUUCUUCAGAUAUCUGGCCAUUGGAGGUUACGUUGGCGCUGCAACUGUUGCCGCAGCUGCGUGGUGGUUCCUGUAUUGCGAGGAUGGGCCAUUGGUCUCCUUCCAUCAAUUGUCGCACUUCAUGCAGUGCAGUGACGACAAUGAGGACUUUGCCGGGAUCCACUGUCAUGUGUUUGAGGCAUCUCCUCCAAUGACCAUGGCUUUGUCUGUGCUGGUCACCAUUGAGAUGUGCAACGCUCUAAAUAGCUUGUCUGAGAACCAGUCGCUGAUGCGCAUGCCCCCUUGGAGCAACAUCUGGCUGGUGGCUGCCAUGACCCUCUCCAUGUCCCUUCACUUCAUGAUCAUCUACGUGGACCCCCUGCCCAUGAUUUUCAAGCUCACUCACUUGACUGUGGACCAGUGGAUUGUGGUAUUGAAGCUUUCCUUCCCAGUCAUUCUUAUCGAUGAGAUGCUCAAGUUUGUGGCUCGCACAUAUCUGGAGGGCGCUUUGGAACAGCGGAUGAUAUUCCUCAUAAGCACUGAGAAUGCUCAACAUUCCAACAAGAAAAAAAAAUGGCUAUGCUCAAAAUCCGCAUGUCAGGACUCACAACGGCGUGAGCAGUGAGGCCAGAGUGCAAAU